ACCGCCAAAAGUGAACAAUUUCGCACUUGUCCCGUUAUGCCGAUUCCAACUGAAAAACGUUCGAUUGGAUAUGAAAGAUAUGUAUUAUUUGGCGAACACUGUACUAGGAGUGGUGCCCAGUUCUCGCAAUCCGCUGACCAAUCGAAUGAACAAAUACACACUGGACUAUUACAUGAACGGCCAUAGAGAUGAAUUGUGGAAUUUGGUUUUCGACAUGGAUAAAAUCAAACAAAUCGGCAAGCAGAAGCGGUUUCACUCGCAAAUCAUCACCAAUAGUGUUUGCGUGUCAAUAUUGUACGAGAAGCCAGCGAAGGCUUGGGUGGAAAAUUCGGAGCAGGCCACAUUUAACAACAUGACAUAUGCUAGUGCCAUCGAUCCUAACGAGAAAACGUGGGUGGCCGUUGUGCGCCGCCAUAUCAAUUCAAACAUUGAGGAAAACAUUAAAAUAUCCAAUCCACGAUUUCAUUGGCAAACCGAGCAGAAGAAGAGAGAUCGAAAGGCAGAUCGAUUGACCUGGUGGUUUGUUGAAGAAGAACAAAUGGAUUUCAAGUCGUACCCAGUGAUACCAUCGCCGCGUGGAUCCACAUGGAAAGCGUACAUUCUGCAUCGCAUCAAAAUGCUACGAAUGGGAAUGCAAGCAUAUGCGACUCGAAAAUAUGCACGAUUGGAUUUCGAUCACCACAUCAAGGCUACCAAAACAAGUGAUAAAGUUGCCAUGCGGGUAACGAACAACAAACCGUCUUGGAUUUGGAUUGGUGCUGGAGAAAUGGCACCAAAUCGGCCAUGGGGCAUAAAGAAGCGGAAAAGAUGCCCAGGAACGCGUAAAUUGGCGACCAGCUUCAAGAAACAAGAGCACACAAAGGUCAGUUUUCAAGAUGAAUGGGGUACAUCAAUAACGUGUGCCAAUUGUCACGAGCGAUUUCCAAGAGAAACCAAAAAUCAUCGAUUCAAAAUUUGUCGAAAUUGCAUACCAAAACCGAUUGUUGGACUACCACCGAUAAUUGUGACGAAUUUGAGCAGACAAGAGCUUAAAAAAGAGCGAAUUGUAGAGAGAGCAAUCAAUCCAGAUCGUGAGAACAUCGAGCGUUUAGUGCCAAAGAUAAAAGUUAUCUUCAAAACUUGGUCAUUAACUCGAGAAUACCAUGAAUUGGGUGAUGCUGCACCAGAAGACAUGAUUGAACACGUAGUCAUUUGGCACCGUGACAUUGUUGCCGCAAAGAAUAUUUUAUUCAAAGGAAUGUGUCGUCUUUUUGGCAUACCAUUGCCCGAUUCGUUGAAGAGACCUGACAAUCCACACCAUGCGAACAAUGUCAACUGAUAGCAGCAUAAAAUCAACAAUAAUCAUAAGAAGAAUAUUUUAACAAUUUUGUUAGUUACUAGGCGUGAAUAGUUUAAAUCCAAGGAUUUCUAUUGUACCCUUGACCGCAGUACGGGUCCCUAUUUAGGGCUGUGCGGAAUAUAAAAGAACCCGUAGAAACAUACAUGGGUAGUCGAAUCGCACGCUCAACGCUGAAACAUUUGUUGGAUGUAU